GAGUGAAUGACGAGAUCGGUAUCAUCUACUCCGACAAUGCCCCAGAACUCAAAGACGUCGACGAUCAGGGGGGAGAGCCUCCAAAGCCGGAGGACCCAAAGAGCCUUCCGAAGGGAAGUGCCGAGGGUUACAACUGGGAUGGUGUGCGUCUUGUCAGAAACAAGAAGGGUUCUAAGCGACCUCCCGAUACCCCUUCAGAGUUUUGGCAUAUGUAUUCUGCUAAGCAAAGAGAGGAGGACAUCGCCCGCUAUCAGCGGAAGGUCGAGCUAGAGGAGGAACGUUUGCGUAAGGAACGGGAAGCAGAGGCACCCGCCAUGCCCGUCGUCCAUGGGGAGCUCAGUCAAGAACAUCGUGAAAGAAUUGCCUUACUGUUUUGGGAUAAGUUAGCCGAGGUUGCCGAGCAACAGCUUGCAUUAGUGGCUAGACUUGUCUCGCAGUCUGAGGUUGAAAGAACACCUGAUGCUAAAGCUGCAAUGGACAAAGAGUGGAAGAAAUUAGUCGACAAAGCGUGUUGGUUGACUAAGAAGGCUAGAGAGUACAAGGACGUGAUCCGAGAACACCAGGCCCAGGGCACCAAGGCUCACUUCGGGAGAAUCUUCGAAAUAUGCUCCCAAAAGGGAUCCGAACUUCCUGAUGGAGAUCCAAACAAGAAGUGGAAGGGACGUAGCGUGUUUCAGGGCAACAGGGUUUCAGAUGAAAACAACGAUCACGCUAUUUUCUCCGAGCUAGGUUCCAGUCCCGCAUCUAUGGAAGCUGGUAAAAUUAUAGAUGUGUUUGGGAGCCAGCCAGGAUAUUCCAAACAGCAAGGGGACGCUAAACAAGCAUACACCCAGGCCUUGUUUGAUGGUGUUGAGACGUGGGUUCGUCUCCCACGCAACCGAUGGCCUAAGGAAUGGGAUGGCAUGAACGACCCAGUAUGUCCGCUGAGGCUCGCCUUGUACGGCCACCCAGAUUCCAGAGGACUUUGGGAAAGACACUGUCAGCAGGAACUUGAAAAGGUUGGGUGGACUGCUGUAUUACCAGAGAUAUGGCAAUCUGUGUUCUAUCAUGCUGAGUUGGAUCUUCUUCUUGUCAUUUACGUGGAUGACUUUAAGAUGGCUGGUCCUGAGGGUAAUUUGGACAAAGGCUGGGAAACUAUCAAUAGCGUAAUCGACAUGGACCCUGCAGAGCUCUUCGGGAGGUACUUUGGGUGCAAUCAUCACGAGCAACGACAGGUCAUGCUGUCUCGGGAUGAUCAUCCAUUUGCGUAUGUGUUUGAUAAGAAAACCAAUGCAGCAGCCGGCCUAGCGGCUGAGCCGUCUAGGACUGAGGAUUAUUGGGAAAUUGACCUUGAGCUAGGUGCUGCAGUCAAACAUCAUGUGUACCCCCGCAAACGACUCUACGUUCCGACCAUGGAGGAUUCAAAGAACUUCCCAGGCAUCGGCUCCGACAGGAUUACAGUUCCUGAUUCAGGCGAGCAGAUUGAAGAUGUGGUUCAUGACAACGUAGGUGCCAAAAGAAAAGAAUGGUGGGUCGGUAGUACGUACUUUCCUCUGGUCGAAAACCCAGACUUCGCUCAGUCCGUAGCAGCAGCUGCAGCUAAGAAGAAAAGUAAAGGCGCUAGAAGCAAAACUGAAGCCAAACGUGAAGCCAAGCAGGAAAGGUUCAAAGACCCCUCGACUAUUGAGCCCGAGGUGAUUCCUGCGAUGACAAAGCUUGUCAACAUCAUGACAUAUGACAUGCGUGACUUUCUUUCCUCCUGUGUUGACCGAUACUGUGAACUAGCUGGUGUGCAGCGAAGUACCCUGAAGCAUGUGGCUACUCCAUUUCACGAAAACCGUAUUGCCAAGCCGGCAGCGGAAGACGAGCCACAAGGGCAGCUGCAGCCCAUAGCUAGCAAAGUAUUGAUGAAGAUCCUAUUUGCCGCCCGGAUGGCCCGAUGGGACCUUCUUCGUGCAACUCAGGGAUUAGCUUCAAGGGUCACGAAGUGGUCGCGUGAUUGCGACGUGGCUUUCCAUCGGUUGGAGCCUAUCCCUAUCCUAACAAAGUUCGAUCCUGAGUUGGAUGAGAUCCGCUACGGUGGAGAUGCGAAUGGAAGGUCUGUGGCCAACCUUAACUCCCUCAACGUUCAUCUCAGCCCCAAAUUCAAAGUUCAACUGUAG